AUGCACUCGGAAAGCGUAGGCAAAUCAGGAAGUCAGGUGAUUGGCAGUUGUCUCAUGGACACAUGUGACCCCAGGAAAUAUCCAAGCCACACCGUAACCCAGUGUAAGAAGUCAAAGAUCAAGGUGCAGGUACAGCCUUCCCUAAACACUCGAGCUCACUGUGUCUGCCAGCAGAACAAACACUCAGAGAGUAGAGGCUACUCUUUGCAGUGGUCCUGGUCUCCUACCUCCUCACUCUGGGUGGGGAACGGCUCCAUCAUCCUCCUCUCCCUGGUGGACCCCAGACUCCAGACACCUAUGUACUUCUUCCUGGACAACCUCUCUCUGCUGGACCUCGGUGUCACCUGCACCAUUGUGCCCCAGCUGCUGACCAACCUCUGGGGGCCAGACAAGACCAUUGCUGCCUGGGGAUGCAUCACACAGCUCUAUUUUUAUACCUGGGUGGGUACCAGUGAAUGUGCUCUGUUGGCCAUGAUGGCCAUUGAUCGCUAUGUGGCCAUCCGCCAGCCCCUCAAGUACACUCUCAUCAUGCGUCCCUGGGUGUGUGUGCACAUGGCAGCUGCCUCCUGGUGUAGUGGUCUGGCCAAUGCUCUACUUCAGGCCACACUCACCCUCCAGCUCCCUCUCUGUGGGCACCACAUCCUUGAUCAUUUCUUCUGUGAGAUACCUGUGUUCAUCAAGCUGGCCGGUGGGGACACCUCUAUUAAUGAGCUGACCCUGGAUGUAGGAGCCAUCUUCUUUGGAAUGGUGCCUGCUCUGCUGGUGGUGAUCUCCUACAUUUUCAUUGCUAGAGCUAUAUGGAAACUACCUUCAGCUGAAGGAAGGCACAAAGCACUGAGCACCUGCAGUUCCCACUUGCUGGUGGUCACCAUGUACUUUGGACCAGGCAUCUACAUGUACCUCCAGCCUUCAGGCAAGAGGACACAGGCCAAGUUCAUGUCCUUCUUCUACUGUGUUAUCACCCCAGUGCUCAACCCACUCAUCUACACCAUGAGAAACAAGGAUGUGAAGACAGCAUGGAAGAGGAUUCUGCAAUCCCAUGGCAGGGUAAAGUCCUUGAAAUCCAGGUAA